AUAUUUCUCUCCAGCAUCACCAGCGGAGAGGAAGAGGAGGAGGAGGAGGAGGAAGGAGAGGUUGUGUCAGGUGGAAACGGGGACCUCUAUGGAUAUCAUCAUCACCAUCCACCGGCUCGCAUCCUCAGCACCGACAGCAUCUCCUGGCCGGCGGUCACCGCUGCAGGCACACGGCGCCCUUUUUAUGCGCCAAGGCGUUGCAUUUCCACGGUAGAGGCUCCCCGGACUGCCUCUGUAAUUACCCUGACAAACAGCUUCUUCCUGUUAUAGGGACUAAUCGAGGGAAGACCCUGCUGGAAUAAAAGCGGAGCGUCAGUUUCCUCCAUUGAUAAACCGCUCUCCUCAUCGAUUCAGCCCAACGACGUUUUGGUAUAAGAGGAGGACAAAAUCAAUCCCAAAAACGGACACUGAAGCUGAAGGGUGUCGGGCGCGAUGGCUAAUGCCUCCCCAGACCUGGACAACGCGGAAGCCCAGCGCCAGCUCAACAACAAUAAUCGACCAAGCAGCUCAGGAUUCUGGGAGACGGAGUGUACCAGCUCCAAGCUGUUUGAGUGCUCCCGCAUCAAGGCCCUGGCAGAUGAACGAGAUGCAGUGCAGAAGAAGACAUUUACCAAGUGGGUUAACUCCCAUCUGGCCAGAGUGUCCUGUCGCAUAUCUGACCUCUACAACGACCUGAGGGAUGGAUACAUGCUCACCAGACUGCUGGAGGUCCUCAGUGGAGAGCUGCUGCCGAGGCCUACACGUGGUCGCAUGCGGAUCCACUGCCUGGAGAAUGUUGACAAAGCCCUCCAGUUUCUUAAAGAACAGAGGGUUCACCUGGAAAAUGUUGGUUCCCAUGACAUUGUUGAUGGAAACCACCGUCUCACCCUGGGCCUUAUGUGGACCAUCAUCCUACGCUUCCAGAUCCAGGUGAUCAAAAUAGAGACAGAGGACAACAGAGAAACUCGCUCUGCCAAGGAUGCCCUGCUGCUCUGGUGCCAGAUGAAGACCGCAGGGUACCCUGAGGUCAACAUCCAGAACUUCACCACCUGCUGGAGAGACGGCCUCGCCUUCAAUGCCCUCAUACACAGACACAGACCUGACCUGAUAGAGUUCCACAAGCUGACGCGGUCUAAUGCAACCCACAACCUCCAGCAAGCCUUCAAUAUCGCUGAGCAACACCUGGGCCUCACCAAACUCCUGGACCCUGAGGAUGUGAAUACAGAGAACCCAGAUGAAAAGUCUAUCAUCACAUAUGUGGUCUCCUACUACCACUAUUUUUCCAAGAUGAAGGCUCUUAUUGUGGAGGGCAAGAGGGUUGGCAAGGUACUGGACAACUGUAUUGAGGCAGAGAAGAUCAUCAACCGCUAUGAGGCACUGGCAUCAGACCUGCUGGACUGGAUAGAAAAGACCAUUGCGGUCAUCAGCAACCAAAAGUUUGCCAACUCGCUGACGGGAGUUCAGCAGCAGCUACAGGCCUUCACAACCUACUGCACCAUAGAGAAGCCCAUCAAGUUUCAGGAGAAGGGGAAUCUCGAAGUCCUUCUUUUCACCAUCCAAAGCAAGCUCAGAGCCAACAACCAGAAACCCUUUGUGCCUCGUGAUGGGAGGCUCAUCUCAGACAUUAAUAAGGCCUGGGAGAGGCUUGAGAAGGCGGAACAUGAGAGGGGUGUGGCUCUGCGCAAGGAGCUGAUUCGUCAGGAGAAGCUGGAGCUGCUGGCUCAGUGCUUUGACCACAAAACCACAAUGAGACAAGCUUGGCUCAACGAAAACCAGAGGCUUGUAUCACAGGACAAUUUUGGCUAUGACCUACCAGCAGUCGAGGCGGCAAUGAAGAAACAUGAGGCCAUCGAGGCCGACAUAGCCUCUUAUGAAGAGCGAAUUGGGGUGGUGGUGGAACUUGCUGCAGAGAUGGAGUCAGAAGGAUACUACGACAUCCGGCGUAUCUUGGCACGAAAAGAGAACAUACUGGGCCAGUGGAGUCUGUUAAAGGAGCUGGUUGCUGGGAGGAGGACCCGGCUGGAGAAGAACCUGGCCCUGCAAAAGACUUUUCAGGACAUGGUCUACAUGAUUGACUGGAUGGAGGACACUCAGGUUCAGCUCCUGUCGAAGGACUUUGGGAAGCAUCUUCUGGAGGUGGACGACCUGCUGCAGAAACACAGCCUGCAGGAAGCUGACAUUGCAGUGCAGGCUGAGAGGGUCGAGACACUCAAUACCGCUGCACUCAAAUUCACCACUAUAGAGGGUUACCAACCAUGUGACCCACAGGUGAUCUGUAACCGUGUCAACCAUGUCUCUUCCUGUCUGGAGGAGUUGAAACAACUGGCAGUUAAAAGACGUGAAGAGCUUGAGGAGUCGAGACAACUGUGGGCUUUCUUUCAGGAGUUGGAGGAGUCGGAAGCCUGGAUCAGGGAGAAGAGCUCCAUCCUUGGGGCUCAGGGUUAUGGGAAGGACCUGAGCAGUGUGCUGAAGUUACUACAAAAACACAAGACGCUGGCUGGAGAACUGCUGGCUCACCGGUCGCUGCUGCAGAACACCAUGAAACGAGGAAAGCAGAUCCUGAGUGAGAAGAGCUUUGGAACAGCAGGGAUCCAGGAACGCAUCAUGGAGGUGAAGAGCGAGUGGAAGAAGCUGGAGGACCAGGCUGCGCAGCGUCUUGGCCACCUGCAGGAGGCACUAAACUUUUUUCAGUUCUCUACGGAGAUGGAUGACCUGGUGGCAUGGCUGCAGGAUGCUUACCGUCUAGUCUCCAGCGAAGACUUUGGACACGAUGAGUAUUCCACACAGUCCCUUCUGAAGAAACACAAAGGGGUCAGCGAGGCUGUCGACAAACAUCGUAUGCAUGUAGUGACACUGCGCAAACACAUGGUGGCGCUGCCUCUGCAGUACCGUGAACAGGAGGAGGUGCAGGUGCGUAUGGGUGAGGUGGAGCAGCUGUAUACCGAGGUGGCAGAGGUGGCGGUGCUUCGACAGCAGUGGCUUCACGACGCCCUCGCUGUCUACCGCAUGUUCAGCGAGGUGAAUGCCUGCGAGCUGUGGAUUGAUGAAAAAGAGCAAUGGUUGGACAAGAUGGAGAUCCCAGAGAGACUGGAGGACGUGGAGGUGGUGGCACACAGGUUUGAGAGCCUGGACCAGGAGAUGAACAGCCUGAUGGGAAGAAUCCUGGACGUUAACCAAAUAGUUCAGCAGCUCCUGGACGGAGGUCAUCCAUCUUCUACAGAGGUCAGAGGUUGCCAGGACCACCUCAACUCCAGGUGGAACAGCAUCGUGGAGUUGGUUGAGCAGAAAAAAGAUCAGAUGGACUCGAUGUUGCGGCUGCAGAACUACCUGCUGGAGUGCGCUGAGAUUAAGUCCCAGAUUCAGGACAAGAGAAAAGCCAUUGACGCCACUCAGUAUGUGGGCAGCGACCUGGGAGGAGUUUUGGCUCUGCAGAGACGCCUCUCAACCAUGGAGGGAGCCCUGUCUGUCCUGGAACCCAAACUACUACAUCUACAGGAAGAGGCAGAGCAUCUGGCCACUGCCCACUCAGGUCGGGCCAUGGAGGUCCUCGUGCCAUUUGAUGGCAUCAGUGUUGAGUGGGAGGAGCUGAAGCGCACCCUGCAGGGCUGUGAGGACUCGCUGAUGGUGGCUAGCAGGCUGCAGAGCUUCAUACAGGACCUGGACUCUUUCCUCACGUGGUUAGUCCAGACACAGACAGCCGCCGCCUCAGACCAGUUGCCCAAUGACCUGGAGGAGGCUGAGAGACUCAUCAACAAACACGCUGCUCUAAAGGAGGAGAUUGGACGCUAUGAAGAGGACUAUGAGCGCCUGCAGGCCAUGAAUGAGCUGCUGGAGUCUGAGGAGGCUCCUCUCCCUCAGGCCGCCCUCCAGCAAUGGCUCCAGAAACUUGACGUCGGCUGGAACAAACUGCUGGAGAUGUGGGAGAGCAGGCGAGAAGUUUUGGUCCAGGCUCACAUUUUCCAUCUGUUCUUGCGAGAUGUUAAACAGGCUGAGUCCUUCCUCAACAACCAGGAGUCAGCCCUCGCUCACGUGGAGCUGCCCACCACUGUGGAAACAGUCGAAGCUGCCAUAAAAAAACACAAAGACUUCACUACCACCAUGGAGCUGAACCUGCACAGGAUCAAAGCUGUGAUUGAGGCUGGAGAAAGUCUGAUCAGCCAGAGUAACAUCUACUCUGAACGCAUCAAGGAACGGAUCGACACCCUUGCCAACAGGGGAAACCAGAACAGAGAGCUGGCCCAGCAGUGGCUAGAAAAACUGAACGACCAGUGGGAACUUCAGAGGUUUCUUCAGGACUGUCAUGAGCUGGGGGACUGGGUGUGUGAGAAGAUGCUGAUGGCGAGGGACAGCAGCCGAGACGAGACCCAGAAGCUCCAUAAGAAAUGGCUGAAGCACCAGGCCUUCAUGGCCGAGUUGGCCCAAAAUAAGGAAUGGCUGGAUAAAAUUGAAAAGGAGGGCCAGCAGCUGAUCCAGGAGAAGCCUGAGCUCAGCCCAGUGGUCCGGAAGAAGCUAGAGGAGAUCAGGGAGUGCUGGCAGGAUCUGGAGAGCACCACCCAGGCCAAAGCCCGCCAGCUCUUUGAAGCCAACAAGGCUGACCUGCUGGUGCAGAGCUACGAGAGCCUGGACCAGAGACUGGGCCAGCUGGAGGGUCAACUGGCCUAUGUGGACCAGGGACAGGACCUCACCACUGUCAACAAGCAGCUGAAAAAACUACAAACCAUGGAGAGCCAGAUGGAGGAGUGGUAUAAGGAGGUGGGGCAGCUCCAGGCACAGGUGGCCUCCAUCCCACAGCAGACACAGAUCAAGGAGACAGUUGCUGGGCGUCAAGCAGUUGUGGAGGCUAGGAUGGUGCGUCUGAUUGAGCCACUGAAGGAGAGACGGCGCAUCCUGCUGGCAUCUAAGGAAGUUCACCAAGUCGGACGAGACCUUGAGGAUGAGAUUUUGUGGGUCCAGGAGCGCCUCCCGAUGGCCAUGUCUCAGGAGCACGGCUCCUCUCUGCAGGCAGUCCAGCAGCUCAUGAAGAAGAACCAGACACUUCAGAGAGAGCUGCAGGUACACAGGAACAGGAUUGAGGAUGUCCUGGAGAGGGCAGGGAUCAUUGCUUCCAUACGCAGCCCAGAGGCUGACUGCGUCAGGGCAGGCCAGGACCAGCUGGCCCAGCUGUGGGCUUUGCUUUGGGCCGAGACUGAGAGGAGGCAGCUGGUCCUGGACGCCAUGUACCAGGCCCAGCAGUACUACUUCGACACAGCCGAAGUGGAGGCCUGGCUGAGCGAGCAGGAGCUGCACAUGAUGAACGAGGAGAAGGGGAAGGACGAGCCAAGCACACUGCAGCUGCUUAAAAAACACUUGGUCCUGGAACAGACCAUCGAGGACUAUGCUGAGACUAUUGGCCUGCUGUCACAGCAAUGUCGACAGCUGCUGGAGAUGGGGCAUCCAGACUGUGAGCAGAUCAGCAAGCGUCAGUCGCAGAUCGAUCGUCUGUACGUGUCUCUGAAGGACCUGGUGGAGGAGAGGAAGAGCCGCCUGGAGCAGCAGUACUGGCUCUACCAGCUCAACAGGGAGGUGGACGAGCUGGAGCAAUGGAUUGCUCAGAGGGAGGUGGUCGCCAGCUCACCUGAAUUGGGUCAAGACUUUGAGCAUGUCACUGUCUUGCAGGAGAAGUUUACAGAGUUUGCGUCAGAGACGGGCAGUGUGGGGCAGGAGCGUGUGACAGCCGUCAAUCAGAUGGUGGAUGAGCUUAUCGACUAUGGCCACUCAGAGGCCGCCACCAUCGCUGAAUGGAAGGAUGGGGUGAACGAGGCCUGGGCUGACCUGCUGGAGCUCAUGGAGACCCGGGCGCAGAUGCUUGCCGCCUCACACCAGCUGCACAAGUUCUUCUCUGACUGCAGAGAGGUUUUGUCCCAGAUUGACGACAAACACAGAAGGCUGCCGGAAGUUCGGGCUCGGCAGGGCAGCACUGCCAACACCAGCACCCUGCAGAGACUACUGCACAGCUUCGAACAGGACAUACAGCUGCUGGUCACGCAGGUGCGUCAGCUGCAGGAGAGCGCUGCUCAGCUGAGGACGGUGUAUGCUGGCGAGAAGGCUGAAGCCAUCGCAUCCCGCGAGCAUGAAGUGAUGCAGUGCUGGAAAGAACUGCUGACAUACUGCGAGGAGUGUCGAGUACAGAUUACCACUGAAACAGACAAGCUGAGGUUCUUCAGCAUGGUCAGAGAUCAGAUCAUGUGGAUGGAAUCGAUCAUCUGUCAAAUAGGGACAGGAGAGAAGCCCAGGGACGUGUCCUCAGUAGAGGUGCUGAUGAAUUAUCACCAGAGUCUGAAGAGCGAAGUGGAGGCUCGCAGCCGCAGCACCCUGGAGUGCAUCGAGAUGGGCAAAACUCUGCUGGCUGCUAGAAACCCAGCAGCUGAAGAGAUCAAGGAGAGGCUCGACAAGGUGGUUGCUAAGCAAUAUGAGAUGUCUGAGAAGUGGGACAAGCACUGGGAAGUCCUACAGCAAUUGUUGGAGGUUCACCAGUUUGCCCAGGAGGCGGUGGUGGCAGAGGCGUGGCUGACUGCUCAGGAACCGUUCAUCAGCAGCAACGAGCUAGGCGGGAGUGUAGAUGAGGUGGAGCAGCUGAUUCGACGACACGAGGCCUUCCGCAAAGCCGCUGCCACCUGGGAAGAGCGAUUCAGCUCACUGCGACGACUUACCACGGUAGAAAAGUUGAAAGCAGAGCAAAGUAAACUACCCCCAACCCCUCUGCUGGGUCGAAAAGUCUUCCUUGACCCCCAAGAUGCCUCAGCCUGUGUGGCCACCCUCCCUCGCCUCCCGAUUUCCCCCGUCAUGAGACAGACCAUCUAUGAGCAGAACGAAGCCAGCUCUCCUCCUUCACCCUCACCUGCCACGCCUACACCCUCUCCUUCGUCUGUGGCUCGUCGGCUGGGGUCGACGGUCGCUAACUACACCCCUGUAAUGAAUGGCUCCAGCUACCGCCACACCCUUGAGUCACGGCACAGCAACGUAGUGGGUGUUGCUGCAGGACUAGGCCAGCCCGCUCUUUCCUCGAUCGCCUCUGUUGCCACAGCAGCCAUGCUAGUCUCAGCCAACCAGGUGCGAGAGAGCACUAGCGCAGCAAAAGACCAAGCAACAAAGGCAAUGAGUCACCUACAGCCAGUACAGGCGGCGAAGACACUGGAGGUGAAAUCGUCUCCAUAUCUACGGCAACCCAAAAUCAAACACUUGGAUGAUGCGGUGACGCCACUGCUCGUUGCCAGUCGGCUGGAGAAAGCAAGGGAGAAGGAGAGGGGGAGAGAGAGAGAUAUGAUGAUGGGAGAGAUAGGGACAGAGAGAGCGGAGGUGGCUGUGAUGGCUGAGGUGGUGCUCCAGGAGCCGGGCAGGGAGCGCCUGCACAGUGAGCCCACCAGAGGGCCUCGGGGGUCCAGGACUGACCCGCUGGGCCAAGCUGAGCCCCAGGUCCAGACUCACACCCACCACAGGGACCACAGGAUAGAACGGCAGCUGUCCAGCGAGCAGCUGAUCCAGGCACGUAGGGAUGAGUUGCCUCAGGAGGUGUGGAGGGAACAGGCCGAGAGGCGGGAGAGACGGACGCUGGAAAGGCAAACGUCCAGUGAGCAGGAGGGCCAUGGGAGCCACGAGGGCCGGAGAAGAGAGAGGGACCGACAUCGGGUGGAGAGACAGGAGUCCAGUGAGCAUGACACUGGGAAAGAGCACUCAGACAGACGCUCGGGAGGAGGAGAAAAGAGAUCCACCUUGGCAGAAAUUGUAGAGCAGCUGCAAGAAAGAGAAGCAGCACAGGCCCGUGGUGAGGUGCCCCGCCUGCCUAAUGGGAUACCAGAGAAGUCUUCCCGUCUCGACCGCCCUCGAGCUCGGGACAGACCCAAACCACGGCGUCGACCACGACCCAAAGAACCUGGAGAGACUACGCGGCGGUCCAGGUCGGCUCCAGCCCAGAGCAGCCCAGCAGUCGCCCAGCCGCCAACACAUACUGCACACCACGAAGGCUUCCUUUUCCGCAAGCUGGACAUUGAGACUCUGAAGAAGAGUACCAAUAGCUCCACAGGAGCUGCUGCUGACAGACAGCUGCUUCUGGAUAGAGACGCUGAAUACAGGUCAGAAAUGGUGUGGAUUUAAAACUACCAUCUCCAUGGCGAUAAUAAUGACACUAUCAAUCACAUUGCUUGACAAAUCAUUGCAUGAUGUUGUCCACAACAUAACAAAAUUCUCCAGGUUCGUGACUUUAAAGGAACACUUUUUUUCUGUCUUAAAUAUGUAAUUUCUGUCGAGUAAUGAUAAUCAAAUGUUUUGCGCACCUAACCAUAAAUCAGGCUUCACAGUUUCCUGUAAUCAAGAGGCGAGGUCCUUCCCCUUCCGGUGGACCACCAGCGGACCUUAUUUCUGAAAAAAUCUAUGCAGAAGUCAACAACAAGAGACAAUCGUGUUUAUCCCACUUGAAUAGUGCCAUGAAUUACAAGUAUGUUAAAGAAUGUAUUGCUACUGUUGCUUAUGAAGUGGCACAGUUAGUUUGUAAGAUUUUGUAGUUUUUUCAUACUUAGAAAAGACAAAUACACAUACAGAAAUCAAGCACUAGAGAAUGACAUUGAUAGUGGCACCAGCAGACACAAUAGUUAUUCUCAUAUGAGGCUGGAGCUUCUGACUAUUUGAUGUAUGUCAUCUCUGAUCAUCAGGAUCAGACCGGGAAGACAAUAGUUACAUGAAUUGAAAUGGCAACCUGCAGACAUCUCACCGCAUGUGAAAACAUCAUGCAUGAUGCUUAUGAUGCCUCCUGAUACAACAUGAGCUCAUAGAAUAAAGCACAGCAGAAAUGGUUGACUGACUAGCAGACUGGCUGGCUGACUGGCUUAUGAAUGCCGUGGGGGUGGAGGUUGAUGGAGCUGGUGAUGCCAUGUACCCACUUAGCCUGCACACACAACACACACACAUACACACAGUACCUCACCUUCAUAGAUGACCGCCCUGCUUCCUCCAGAGUGACACCAACGGCAAAGUCUUUCUCUGCACUGCCCUCUAGUGGCUGGGCUGACCACGCACAGCUAAAAGCUCAUCCCCUUCCAGCUAAGGAUGAGUCCACUCACCUGCCCACUCAACGCAAUGGAUGAAUGUCUCAUAUGUACAUGCCCUGUUAUGUACAUGGCAAGGUAAAGCAUAAUCCUGAAUGGCUUAAAUCUGGACAAGUGUGAAUCUCCAAACAGCUUCUCGUUUGGCUUAUUGUGUGCUCUCUUUUUUGGCUUUAUAUUCAACUUUGAUUGGUGGGGAAGAUCUUUGGGGGGCGGGCCCUCGGACCUUUUCCACAAAUCAAUACUAAGGAAGAGUGAACACAGUUAGUUGGAGAGGAAGGAUUGAGGUUCAACCUGUCUCUGUUACAUAGCUACACGACGAGGCACUGAGUAUGUUUAUGUGCACAUUUAUAUUCUGGUAUUAUUUAGGAUAACCAAGUGAAAGGAUACGGUGCAUGUGAAUGGUGUGUAUUUUUUACAUUACCCUGGUGAACGGACUGAUACUGACUGCAUAUCACGGUAUAAACAUCCAUCAGUCACUAGUUUCACGUUUAUACUUCACAUUACUUUUGGCUUCAAGUUGUUGUUGCUCAGUUUCUACUUAAGAGUGUCGUUCGUCAACCAUUCUGAAAAGCUGAAACAUGUUAUGGACUGUUCUUUACUUAUCAGAGGAGUAAGGUGGCUGGGGUGUGACCACACGUAUUUUUCCUUGAGCUUCCCUGAGUGACUAGCGGAAAAUGCAUGACCCUCGGUACACCACAAAUAACCUUUUUUUAAUAUAUUUUUUUAAAUGUUCACACCAAAUGUAGCUAUUGGAACCAAUGCAAUGAGCAAACAACACAGGAGUGAGAGUCACCACCAAAACAAAUAUUUUUUAAAGAAAAAUGCAAAUCCUACUUACAUAUUGCAUCAUUGUCACACAAGCUGUGUGCACUUCAGCAGAAUAUGAUUGCAUGACAAGCACCUGUCCUACCAUACCAGUCCAACAAGGUUUAAUAAGCCUACACAUCAUACACACUUCAACACACACAUGGACGCACAUACAUGGGCGUCAUGUCGCCAUCGUUAGCAACAUGUGCAUAUUAUGACCCAAAUAAACUGUACACAACAGUGGCAGCAGCGACCGGCCAGAGUAAUAUCAGUAACUUGACACGGCGGACAUUAUUUGAUUUUUAAAAAUUACCCUUUGUUUGAGAAUUAAAAGUUGAAAACUACUUUAGUUGAAAAUAGCAGCGUCUGGUGGGAACAGUAUAUUCUGGUGAAAUUAUAAAUGAGACAUGUAGAAUGAAGUGAUUUUGAUGAAAUACCACUAUUUUAAGCUUAGAUUAUUACCCAUAAAGAGCAAUACAUUCUAAUCCUUACCAAUAUAUUAUAUGAUGAUUUAUGAUUUGAUUUUUUUUUGGUGUCAUUGAUCUUAAUCUGCAAAAUAACUACAGCUGUCAGACACAUGUAGUUGAGCAAAAAUUACAAUACCUGCUUCUGAGAUGUAGUGACGUAAAAGUAAAGAGUAGAAGAAAAUAAAAAUACUCAGGUAAAGUACAAGUAUGUCAAAACUGUAAUUAAGUACAGUACUUGAGUAAAUGCAUUUAGUUACUUUCUACUACAGUCAGCAGGUCAGUGGUAGAAGAGGUUAAGAUUUAACCAUUCUAUCAGCAGUGUAAACACCUUAUCAUUACAUGCACCGUUGGUCUUCUAAGUCUAAGUUCUGUUUACAUUGUUAGUAUUUGAAAUCAGGAUAUUAAGCUGCACAUAGACAGCUUGCUCUGAAUAAUACCUUUAAUUGGUUGUAAGCUUAUUAAUUGGAAUGCCGUGCGCAUGUAAACACGCUCAAACAGCAAAAAGAAGCAUGACUGUGAAUUGAAGUUGUGUUGUUGCCAAAAUACCAUUUAACCAAACUCUCACUCUUUUCUUCUCUCCUCCUUGGUGCUACUGGCUGCUCCUCUCAUCUCC